AUGUCCGACAAGCAAGAGAGCGAUAACGCCGAGGUCACUCAGACCGAGAGCAGAGUCUAUCAGCCCGCGCCUGCGGCCACGACUAAGAAGGGAGGAUUUGUGCGUCACCUGAAGCGCUUUUGGUGGGCAUAUCUGCUCGUCUUCAUCUGCAUAGCUGUCCUAGUCAUCUGCUUAGUCAUCUUCGUUGGUGUUCCCAGGAUUGCCCAGAGCAAGAUCAACGAUGCCAAGCUGGAGAUCCAGGGCGUCAAUGUCCUCAACGCCAAGUCCGACAGCAUUUUGCUAGAAAUCAACUCCACCAUCACCACCGAUGGCUCCAUCAAGGCAAACAUUGAUCCCUUCGAGGGAGUCAUGUAUCUCGAGGAUCUCCCCGGCCAUACGCCUUUCCUCAACGUCUCCUUCCCCGCCACCAACGGCAACAAGCACCAGCAGGUCAACAUCAGCCAAGAGCGUCAGAUCCAGAACCCCGACGCCUUCAACACCUUCAACAUCUGGUUUGCCGCCAACGAGACUCUCCGUGUCACCGUCGAGGGCCGCACCAAGGUUAAGCCGUCUGGCCUGUCCAGGAAAUGGGGCGUUACCUUCAAGAAGACUAUUACCAUGAACGGCCUGAACUUGUUCAAUGGCACCACCGUCACCAACGGCAAGAUCAACGUUUCUGCCAAGAAGGGCCAGCCAAAUUUCAGCGCUACCGCCGAUAUCCCCAACGCCUCUUACUUCACUCUUGAUAUUGGCAACGCUACCUUCACCAACUUUAUCGACGACACCACCAUUGGCAAUCUCACCAUUCCUAACCUCCUCCUUGUGCCCGGCAGCAACAAGGUCCCGAUCAGCGCCAACCUCGACCAGCUUGCCGUCAUCAAUGCCGUUCAAAGUCCCAAGUACUGCAAGACUGGAGUCAUCCCCGUCAAGCUCCAGGGCUCUGCCGUUCGCAACGAUGGCCAAACCCUUCAGUAUUUCCUUGACGGUCUGGGUGCUCACAACCAAACUGUCCCUAUGGAUAUCGGUUCCAUUAUCAAGAGCUCUCUCGGCACCACCCUCGGCUGCAAGUCUUAG